AGUCCGCAAGGCAGUCUUGUGUGGUUCGCGGUGAGAGCCAGUUGCAUUUAGCGAUAUUCAGGCCGCGCCGUCCUGACGUGCGUCGGCAACUUCGCGUAGUGCUUAAUUUAAAACUUUAUCUUUUUAUUUCACCAAAUAGAGCAAUGUGAUUUGUUUUCGUGUCUUCUACUUUUUAUUUGUAUUUCUGGCGGUUUGAAAAAUAAGAAUUGCGUUCCCAGUCGCUGUGACUGGUGAUGUCCCAUCUUCAACACUGUUGAGUCGAGCCAGCAAUCAUCAUUCCCAAGUCACGGCAGAAGACGCCACGAUGUACGCGGAAACGAAGAGAUAAGAAAUAUAAAAAAAAAGACAAGAGCCCCACGAUGUUUUCCCUGGCCGAAGGUUGUGGCUGCGUCAGUUUCCGAGGGCGGAAGGCUAGAUCUUUGGGAGACGACUCGUCGUCAUGCCGUAGUUCAGAGAUCGAGCAAGAAGUUCCGAAAAAGCUGGGAAGAAAGGUGCUUAAUGGAGAAUGUACCAUGAAGGCUCUUGCACCUUUUCUUAAGUUCUGGAGGAGAGACGACGUUAGCAUGACGAAAGCGGAAAGAACUAUGAAGGCGGCCAUCUUGAUCCAACAGUGGUAUCGGCGGUACUUGGCGCGGAUGGAGGUGCGCAGGCGCUACACCUGGACCAUAUUCCAGAACAUCGAAUAUGCUGGGGAGCAGGAUCAGGUUAAACUGUAUAAUUUUUUCAACGCACUGCUUAGUCACAUGAGGGACACCAGCGGUCGAGUUUCCUCCGAGAGGACAUCGAGGACGGCUUCUGUAUUGGAGCAAGUGUUUUCGGAGGAGUCUGACGAGGGUGGAGGCGUGGACGAGACUGCUCCCCCCAAGUCCUCCCGAGGCCCCGACAUCGAGUUCCCACUUCAACGAAAGGAUAUCGACUUGUUGAUCGAAACUUUCAGGAAGAAAAAGAACCGGUUGCAUCCGAAACACGUGGCUCAAAUCCUGAAAGAAGGAACGCAGGUGUUAAAGCGACUGCCCAACAUCAAUGUAGCCACCACUUCCAUUUCUAGCCAGAUUACUGUUUGCGGAGACCUGCAUGGGAAGCUCGACGACCUUUUAGUUAUAUUUCACAAGAAUGGUUUGCCUUCUCCCGAGAACCCAUACAUAUUCAACGGAGACUUCGUGGACCGAGGCAAGAAGAGCUUGGAAGUGCUCCUGCUGCUGCUUUCCUGCAUGCUGGCGUUUCCUGGAGGCGUCUACUUGAACAGGGGCAACCAUGAAGAUCUGAUCAUGAAUUCUAGGUACGGUUUCAUAAGGGAGGUUCAUCAAAAAUACAGACAUAAUGCGGAGCGACUGCUGAAGCUCAUAGAGUGCGUAUACCGGUGGUUGCCUCUGGGAACCAUCAUCAACAACCGGGUGUUUGUCGUGCACGGCGGCAUCUCUGAUACCACUGACCUGGACAUGAUCCGCAGCCUUGAAAGGGAUAAGUACGUGUCACUCCUCCGCCCACCAGUGACUGAGAACUCAGCUUCAGGCGGCGAGGUUAUAGACAAAGUCGAGUGGAAACAGGUAUUCGAUAUCCUGUGGUCGGACCCGCAAAGCACGGGAGGUUGCGUGGCGAACGCGUUGCGUGGCGCGGGUACAUACUUCGGGCCUGACGUCACAGCCUCCUUCUUGCAGAAGAACAAGCUCAGCUUCCUCGUCCGCAGCCACGAAUGCAAGCCUGGGGGGUACGAGCUGCUGCAUAAUGGGAAUGUAAUAACUAUUUUCUCGGCCUCAAAUUACUACGAGCUGGGUUCCAACAAGGGCGCCUACUUGAAGCUGUGUGGCAACGCACUUGAGCGACAGUUUGUACAGUAUACGGCGGCAGUCUCUCGGACUCGAAGGCUGACCUUCCGCCAGCGCGUGGGCUUGGUCGAGUCCUCGGCCAUGAGGGAGCUGCACAACCAGGUCAUUAUGGCCAGGAGAUCGCUUGAAGCCACUUUCCGAAGCAUGGAUCUCGACCAAAGCGGGUACAUAUCAAUUAGCGACUGGUGCCUAGCAAUGGAGGAGACUACACAUCUGGGGCUUCCGUGGAGGAUGCUCAAGGACAAGUUAGUGAGGACCGACCCUGACACGCGCCGUGUGCGAUACAUGGACACCUUCGACCUAUCUACCAACAAGAAUGGGCGUAAAGCUGAUACCACAACGGUGGUAGAGACACUUUACAAAAAUAAACGUAGUUUGGAAGCAAUUUUCAAAAUCCUUGAUAAGGAUAAUUCAGGUUUCAUAACUUUGGAGGAGUUUUCUGAGGCCUGUCAAUUAUUAGGUAAAUAUAUGCCAAAUCCAAUGACCCAAGAACAGUUGGUUGAUAUAUGUCGACUAAUGGAUAUCAACAAAGACGGGCUAGUGGAUUUGAACGAGUUUUUGGAGAGCUUCAGACUGGCCGAGAAGAGUUUGACCGACGAGGACAACGAAUUAGCCGACAUACGAGCCACUUGACAAGAGUUAGACCGCCGGCCCAGCAGGACGGCGGUCGAUAAAAAUGAAACCGGUGUUGAAAUAGAAAUCCUGCGAUUGGACGAUGAGGACAAGAGAAUUGAUAAAAAUGGACAGGCUCAUUUGAUGGGCGAGUACGUCCCGAGUGUUUCUAAAGAAAUGGACGACAUUGAGUUAAUUGAUUGCGAGGAAACGUCGAAACGACCGGGCCUGUUGGAGAGCGAUAUAUGAAGCCUGACAAACUGAAUGGAUCAUAAAUUAAUGUUCUACGCUAUAUUUUUAAUUACUCUUUUAGGUACUCAAAUGUUUAUAUAUUUGUACGUGUGGAUUUAUUUGUAUAAUUUCAUUUGAAUUCAAUGUGUUUUGUACUGUUUGAAAAUAAGCCUAAUAUAUGUAUAAUCGAAAAUUAGAAUAAUUAGUUUUUAAAAUAUGAAUUGAUCUUACUAAAUUUUUAAUAGCUUUUGCUAUAUCUUCAAAAGAUAGUCGUAAUUUACUUCGAAAAAAAAUAUGAAAAGUAAAUAUUGCUACCAAAAUUAUCCUAAUAAAAUUUAUAAUUAGACAUUUAUGUAAUGAAAUAAAUAUUUUGAUAUUGGAAAUAUAACUUUAUUGAAUUGGUGCCAACUAUAAAGAACGCUUAGUAAAAUGAUAAAGCAUACAGUACUGAUUGGCCAAUUACAAUUAUAUUAUAACAAAUGUCCUUAAGUUUGUGGAUCCUGUUUUGUUGUAUUAUGUUCAAUUAAUUGUCAAAAGGGAUCAAUGUUAGAAAAGUUUCAAAUUUAUUGUUAUAUUUACACGAAUUUUAUUGAUAUUUUUGUAGAGGCCAUAAAUUAAUCUAAUUAAUUAAACUAUUUAAUGUAAUCACCCUUGCAUUUGACUCAUUCUCUAUUACAAUAGUUAAGAAUAUUAGAAUAUUACCUUUGAAAUUUUGAUUUAUUUCAGGAUAUAUUUCUAAAUGUGCAAAAUUUUAAACUAUUAAUAACUUAAUUUAGACAUAUGUCAGCUAUUCUAUAUUCAUUCUAGAAAAUAAAAUGACAUAUUAUAUUAAUUUAUAGUUAUUACGUGUUAAAAUUAUGAUCUGAGUCGCGUGAGUCUAGUCAUAUUGCGAAGAAGCACGGUUUGUCAUACAUAUCUUUUAUAUUAAUUUAUAUUGAAUGAUGCAUUCCAAUAAUUGCACCAAGAACUUCUGAGAAUUAUUGAUUCAUAUAUUUAGAAAUAAUAAUAACGAGAUUACGAUAUAUUCGGAUCGGAUCAUCGAGUUUUGAACAGCUUUUGUUUAAGAAUUGUACCUAAACACUGGUAAAAUAACUUCAACGAAAGAAAACAUCUGAAUAAUACCGAAUUAAAAAGUAGGUUAACAUAAAAAUUAUAUUUACCAUAUGAUAAAUUAACUAUAUAGAUCAAUUUGCAUUAGCUCUACUUAUGUAGUUAACUUUUACGGCAUUUCCUAAUAAUUAUAACAAUUUAAACACUCACUUAGCACGUAAUUUAUUUUUUAAUCGUCUUGCUACCAUUUUAAUAUAAAAUAUUUAGGUACCUAUCGAUUAUUUAAACUUCACAUUCUCAUUAUUUACGAUUACAAGUCUGUAGCUAUAUGAUAGGAUAUAUAAUAUUUCGAAUUAUUGUCCAUUAAAUUGUGAUAUUCAAC